UAAAAAUCAUCCUUUCUACAAAACAUUUUGCUUUUUGUCUUAAUGUCAAAUUGUCAUUGUCAAUAAUGUGAAGAAUUUCGUCAAAAGUAGUGGGUGUUAAUAAAUCUGGCCAGCCAAAGAAAAUUCUCAUCUGCGCCUAAAUAAUAAUGAGUUCAAAAAUGUGUUGUUUUCAAUGACGUUAUCGUUUUAUUUAACAUGUGAGAUUUGAGCCAACAACAAAUUGGUAAAAUAGGUUUCUCUUUCUGAAAUAAUAUAAUUUGGACAUGAAUUUGGAAGAUUCUGGUGGCAGUCUCGGACUCGGAGCUGAGACUGUAUAUGGAACCCAUGAAGAUUCCCAUGUUGUCAUGUCAGAGAAAGUUCAGUCUCUUGCAGGUAGUAUUUAUCAGGAAUUUGAAGGCAUGAUAGCCAGAUAUGAUGAGGAUGUUGUAAAAACGUUGAUGCCACUACUUGUGAACGUAUUAGAAUGUUUAGAUGCGGCCUAUCAACAAAAUCAGGAGCAUGACGUUGAAUUGGAGUUGCUUCGUGAAGAUAAUGAACAACUUGUUACGCAGUAUGAAAGAGAAAAAGGAGCCAGAAAAACAGCAGAACAAAAAUUACUAGAAUGCGAAGAUAUUGCAGAGGGAGAGCGGAAAGAAUUGUCAAGCCGCCUUGAAGCUCUCGAGAGCAUUGUCAGAAUGUUGGAAAUCAAACACAAAAACUCCGUGGAACAUGCCAUACGGUUGGAGGAAAGAGAAACGGAACUCAAAAAAGAAUAUGCAAAACUUCACGAAAGAUACACAGAAUUAUUCAAAACACACGUUGAGUACAUGGAAAGAACAAAAUUAUUACACUCUGGUCAACAGUUAGCCAACGAGAGGGUUGACUCUGGCAGAUUGAACUCUAACAGAAUCAGUAUGGGAAGAAGUUCUGGACCAAUUUCAUUUGGGUUUGAAUCACUAGCGAAUACUGAUAAUGUGGAGAGUGUGCCGUCCUCGCCAUUGAGUAGCGCCCAUUCUUCGCCGAGCUUGCAUAGUGAAUUGGAUAAUAUGAGGGAUGGUGUUCAGAAGGUGGAAAGGGGGCAGACUACAGAUUCACUGAACUUGGAAAAUAAGAGUGUUGUCACUUCCCCCAUAAGUCCGCAAUCUCCUCCACAAAAUAAUAAUAGUAGAAUAAAUACAAAAAAAGAACAAAGAAGCGCCAAUACUCUGUACCAAGAACUUAGUUAUCACGACAUUGAUGGAGAUGAGGAUGCCAGUGAAAUCACCGGAGGUUGGGUCCAUCCAGGAGAAUAUGCUUCUUCAGUCAACGAUAACUUUUAUGGAAUGGGCAAAGAAGUUGAAAAUCUCAUAAUGGAAAACAACGAGCUCAUGGCAACGAAAAACGCUUUAAACGUAGUGAAAGAUGACUUGAUUGUAAAAGUUGACGAGUUAACUGGAGAAAUUGAUAUGUUGAGGGAAGAGAUAUUAUCCCUCAAUCUGUCGAGGACCAAGUUGAGAGACAGAAUAACCGAACUUGAAGAAGAAUUGAAAAAGGCCAAGGAAGCAAACGAGGCUAAGCAAGAUGCUGAUGAAGAAUCUGAUGUUCCGAUGGCUCAGAGGAAGAGAUUCACCAGAGUUGAAAUGGCUAGAGUCCUUAUGGAACGAAAUCAGUAUAAGGAGCGUUUUAUGGAGCUUCAAGAAGCGGUUCGUUGGACAGAAAUGUUGAGAGCUUCGAAAACUGAUGCCCCUUUCGAGAAACACAGUAAUAAGAGCAUAUGGAGGUUUUUUAGUAACCUUUUUAGUAGUAACGAUAGAGUCCAGCGACCGUUAGUUGUACCUCAUUUGAGAUACCAAACAGCAACGAGUCAAAUUGGACCUGGAUUCAAGGCGUUACCGAGAAUGGGGCAUGAUUUUAUUGAACCUGAAAUUGGUUUCGAAAAGCUUGCAACGCGGAAAGCUUUAGAGAGGAGGGAGCAAUAUCGCCAAGUAAGAGCUCAUGUAAGGAAAGAAGAUGGAAGAUUGCAAGCUUAUGGUUGGAGUUUGCCAGGAAAGGUUAGUACCGGAUCCUCUGGUAAGCAGAGUAGCGGAGGCGUUCCUGUUCCUGUUCCGGUGUACUGUAGACCGUUAGCUGAAACUACACCAGAAAUGAAAAUUUGGUGUGCAGCAGGGGUUAACUUAAUGGGUGGUUACACCAAAGAUGGAGGAUUAAUGAGAAGCGACAUUAACGUCGGAUCCUUUGAUGUUCGGUGUCCCAACUCUGAACCGAAGAUUUUGAGUGAUAGACAACCUGGUUCACUGAGAAAAAUGACUUCUCAGCAAUAUACACUAAUAAAAAUACAUACUCUUACGUUCUGGUAUAGAGAGCGGAAAGAAUUGUCAAGCCGCCUUGAAGCUCUCGAGAGCAUUGUCAGAAUGUUGGAAAUCAAACACAAAAACUCCGUGGAACAUGCCAUACGGUUGGAGGAAAGAGAAACGGAACUCAAAAAAGAAUAUGCAAAACUUCACGAAAGAUACACAGAAUUAUUCAAAACACACGUUGAGUACAUGGAAAGAACAAAAUUAUUACACUCUGGUCAACAGUUAGCCAACGAGAGGGUUGACUCUGGCAGAUUGAACUCUAACAGAAUCAGUAUGGGAAGAAGUUCUGGACCAAUUUCAUUUGGGUUUGAAUCACUAGCGAAUACUGAUAAUGUGGAGAGUGUGCCGUCCUCGCCAUUGAGUAGCGCCCAUUCUUCGCCGAGCUUGCAUAGUGAAUUGGAUAAUAUGAGGGAUGGUGUUCAGAAGGUGGAAAGGGGGCAGACUACAGAUUCACUGAACUUGGAAAAUAAGAGUGUUGUCACUUCCCCCAUAAGUCCGCAAUCUCCUCCACAAAAUAAUAAUAGUAGAAUAAAUACAAAAAAAGAACAAAGAAGCGCCAAUACUCUGUACCAAGAACUUAGUUAUCACGACAUUGAUGGAGAUGAGGAUGCCAGUGAAAUCACCGUAUCAGCUGUGAAGACAACCCGGGCUGUUUGUCCAUUACCUCAUUCCUUUCAUAAUAUCUACUGCAGUAGUAGACAAAAUGUCAGGAACAAAAAUCUCAACAAAUCCGGAAAUCAGCUUUGCACUCUGAGAAUUUUGGGCAGAGUUACCUUCGUAGAAAAAGAUGAAACUGUGGUCAAUAAAAAAGACAAAUAUGCCAAACAAGAACGGACAUGUGAUAAUAAUAAUAAAGAUAAGUUAGACGAAACUCAUACGACUUGUGAUACAACCACGGAAUCUGAAAAACUUGAUAACGAACCAAAAAGUCCCGAAACUGCCGAAAAUGAUAAUACACAGGAAGACCAAAGCAAAGGAACGCAAACUCAAGAGAUCAUGUCAAGUGUGCUGGCGUGCAUGUGGAUGGGCGACGAACAUGGAAAUAUUUAUGUUCAUUCAUCAGUAGCAAACUGGGCUCAAUGUUUGCAUACUGUCAAAAUGAAAGAUGCAGUUAUAGCAAUAGUACAUAUAAAUGGCAGGGUAGUGGUAGCAUUAGCCUGUGGGCAGAUUGCAAUUUUCGGGAGGAACCAAGAAGGUGAAUGGGAUUUAUCCCAGUAUCACUUGGUACAGAUUGGUUUACCCCAUCAAUCAAUUCGUCAGUUGGCUGUGGUAGGUGAUAAGGUCUGGUGUGGAUAUCGAAAUAAAAUACACGUUCUUCUACCAAAUGAUUUGAAGAUCGCUUAUACGUUAGAAGCUCAUCCGAGGAGAGAGAGCCCUGUGAGGCAGAUUGCAUGGUUGGGAGAAGGAGUGUGGGUGUCGAUUAGAUUAGAUUCAACUUUAAGGUUAUACCAUGCUCACACUUAUCAACAUCUACAGGAUGUGGAUAUCGAACCGUAUGUUAGUAAAAUGCUGGGAACUGGAAAAUUAGGCUUUUCAUUAGUUAGAAUCACAAGUCUUCUGAUAUCAUCUAAUCGGCUAUGGAUAGGAACCAGUAAUGGAGUUAUAAUAUCAGUACCCCUUUCAGAUGGCGGUACUUCUGCAGGUGCAAUUGUUCCAAGAGCAAAUAACUCAGUUCUAGCCCCUUUGCCGGGACUAGGAUUGAGGGUUCCUCCUAUACCUGGAAGUUUUGUUCCUUAUUGUACAAUGGCUCAUGCCCAGUUAAGUUUCCAUGGUCAUCGGGAUAAUGUUAAGUUCUUUGUAGCUGUUCCUGGUAAUGGAGGCAUGAGUGCAGCUUCUACACCUUCUGAAGCAAUGUCUGCUUCAGUAUCAUCUACCGGGAAUACUUUGAAACAACCGUCGGCUAUGCUGGUCAUUUCCGGUGGGGAAGGAUACGUAGAUUUUAGGAUUGGUGACGAAAUGGAGGAAAGUAUGAUGAGUACAGGGGAAACAAAUUUUCUCGAAACGGCUCAGGGAAGUCAAAACCAAGGAGGUGAACUGAGCCAUUUGAUUGUAUGGCAAGUGUCCACUAGCUAAGCCUGGCAUAAUUACUUCAUUAAAUUCACUAUGCAUAUUCGUGCAAAGGGUAUACAGUGACUUAAUAUGCAAAUUGAAACACCAGGUUGACUCUAAGGAAUGUAUGACAGUUUUCUUAGUAGAUCAGUAUUUUGACGAGUACCAAACAAAGUCAGACUUUCAAAAUUGGUUCCUCAAACAUUUUAGAUUUUAGUGUAUCUAUGCAAUUCAUAGUAUUUUUAUUGGAAAUUUAUAUACAGGAUUUUGAUGUUACAGUUUGCAUUUUAUUAAUAAAUUUUUUGAAGAACCCUUUGCCAUAAUGUUUGAUAUUCUUAAAAUCAUUAAUAUGUUUUAUGAGGCUUGAUUCUAGAAAGUAAAACCAAAAAAAGUAAAAACAAAAACAUUUCCGUACUAUAUUGAGAUAGAUUUUACUCUAUAAAUAUGUUUUGUUAGGUAAUUGAUUAUGUAUAGUUGUAUUUUUUUUCUGUUGAUUAUAUGUAUAAUGUAAA